AUGACCAGCAAUGUCGAUAGUGAUCCAAAGGUACCUAUGUCGAGUGGAGAGAAAAAGAACAUUCCAAUUACCUCCCUGGACAUAGACAAGCAAAACAACACUCACAAUAAUUAUACACAAAAAAGACAUGUAAAUUAUUUACUCGAAGUAAAAGGAAAGAAUAAACAGGUACACAAACCUUCCUCACGUAAGAAGGAGCCCGCAGAUGAAAAGAGCAUCUUAUCACAUAGCAAAAAUACACGCACAUUAAUUUGCAAAGUUAGUGAAAACAAAAUUCACGUCAAACAUGAGAAACAAAUAAGCGAGCCACAAUAUCGACAUGUACAUAAUAACACCCUUCAAAUUUUGACUAAGGAGAAGGUAGAAAGAACCGUGUCCACACAGAUCCAUAUAAAUAAAUUGAAAAACUGUAAGGUGUAUCCCAUGGGUAAUCUAAAAAAGGAUCAGGUAAAUGAAAAUCCACGGGGAGUCGACACCCGAGCAAGCUUCGGAAAAAGGAGCUGCAGUAGGGGCGUGUCCAAUGUGUUAAAGAAUGCAACAAUGAAAAGGGGCCACCACAAAAAGGCCGAACACAAAAGUGCGAUUCACGCCACGCAUAAAUGCGGAAUUCAAGCGGAAAGAAAAAGUGGCAAUCUCAAUGAGCGAAAAACUGCGAUGGUUUCCACACAACACAUGAAAGGCCCUCCGCGAGAUACACAUUUUCAGGAAUCGUCCAGGGGAGUUAUCUCGCCCACAACCUGCACAAUUUUAAAAAGUAAAAUGAAAGCAAAUUCAUCAAAGGGGGUUCUUCUAACCCUGCACUGUAACGAAAAAAUGAAAGGGAAAAACGAAUUCUAUAGGAAAUGCCAAACUCGAAAGGAGAAAAAAUGCACAUUAUUACCUGACCAGAACAGGACAACACAAACGGGUGAUACAUAUGGUGGAUGUCGAAAUGUAGAACAAAAUGGAAGAGUCGGCAAGGGCGCAACCAAGAAAGAAGAAUGCCAAAUGUCAUCUGAAGAAAAAUUGAAUAAUGUAAAAAGUUGCACACUUAAGAGGGGGGAACACCAAUCUGGAACAAAAACAGGCACAGAAAAUAUGUUUACUAAGAAAAUUGUAGGGGAAAACUGCACCGAGGAGGCAGCAGAAGGUGGUAGCACAAAUAGGGAAACACGUCCUCCCACUAAUACCAUAAAGAGAUGUAGAGUAAGAACUAUUUUGUUCAAAAGAACGUGGCUACAAGAAGGGGCUCUGAAGAAAUUAGUGUCGCUUGAAGAGGAAGGAGAAAGAAGAGGCUUCCAGUGUAAGGAGGACUCCGCUGGGGAAUUAUCCAAUGAAAAUAAUUCUGAUGAGGAACAGCCCUUGCAGGAGCCUCCCCACCUCCUAAGCGCAGAGAAAAAAGAACGGAAAAAAAAAGAGGGGGAGGGGAAGGAACACCCACAUAGGUACAAAAUUAUAACAGUGAAGGUGAAAAAGAGCAAAGAGAUUACAAAAGAUUACAUAAUAACAAACCAAAUCGGAAAGGGGACGUUCGGAAAAGUGUGUCUAGGAAUUCACAUACACACACACGAAAUAGUGGCAAUAAAAAUCUUAAACAAAAAAAGGUUACAACGAUUAAUCAGUUAUGAAAAAAUAAUGAAGGAAAUAAAAAUACAUGAACAGAUGGACCAUAAUCACAUAUGUAAAUUAUAUGAAGCAUAUGAAGAUGGAAAAAAUAUAUAUAUGAUAUUAGAGUAUGUGCCCAAUGGAGAUUUGUUGGAAUAUGUUUGUAAAAAAAAGAGAAGAAUAAAUGAAGACACAGCAAGGAGAAUCUUCUACCAGUUAAUCAGUGCAGUAGAUUAUUUACACAAAUUUAAUGUUGUUCACAGGGAUUUGAAACCAGAAAAUAUUUUACUGGAUGAUGACGAAAAUAUAAAGUUAAUCGAUUUUGGUCUGUCCACUGUGUAUGAAAAAAAUAAUUUGUUAAGAACAUCAUGUGGGUCCCCAUUUUAUACUUCUCCAGAAAUAUUACUGGGCAAUAAAUAUCAUGGAGAAUUAACGGAUGUGUGGUCCCUAGGGGUUAUUCUUUUUUUAUUACUCAAUCGCAAGCUGCCAUUUAAUCAUACCAAUUUGAAUGUACUGUUCCAGGAAAUUAUAAAAGGUCUACUCUAUUUCGAACCGCAUAUUUCAGAAGGCGCAAAAAAUUUAAUUCGAAAUAUGCUAAAUGUAAAUUACCAGAAGAGGUAUUCCCUCAGGGAUAUAAAAACACAUCCAUGGUUUAACUCAUAUCAUAUGAAGAAAAAAAAACUCACAAAAUUGUGUCAUGAUAACUGUGACCUAAUUUGCUGUAAUGUAUGUUUAUACAAAAUUAUCAUUCUGAGUAGUAGCCAGUGGAUGCGCUUAAUUUUAAAUAAAAUUGCUAAAAUAUAUGCCGUAGGAGUGGACAAAGUUUGUUGUAAAUUACAAGAAAAGGGAAAAAACUCUGUUAAAACGAGUUUUUAUCUUUUGCUAAAUAAAACAAUUCGAAUGAUAUCCACAAAUAGUUCAUUGUGUUCCCAUCUUGUCGUAGUCACACACCAGUCUGUGCAUCCUGAAAGUGAGAACUGUCCAUCCAUCCACCAUGCAGCGUUCUCCUCUUCACAUGCGUUGGCAAGUACAUACACAUAG